CAGAAACGUGCCACGAACCAUCCACGAACCGCACGAACUUUCCAACAUAACAUCGUACACACAGUUUUGUUGCGUGUUGGCUCAUUUGGUUUGUCGGUUCAGUCUAUUCACUCCUUUAAUAAAGCCCACAGUUGCUCGAAGCUAAAGUGAACAAAACUUUUCACCGACUUUAAUUCAUUAAAUCCCGUAAAAUGGCACCUAAACAAGAAAAGAAAGGCUUUACCAAAGAAGAAGAGCUCCUGCUGCAAGACUUCAGCCGUAAUGUGUCCACAAAAUCUUCGGCACUGUUUUACGGUAAUGCACUCAUCGUCUCCGCCGUACCCAUCUGGCUCUUCUGGAGGAUCCAUAUGAUCGACCUGUAUUCAUCGUUCAUUCUCUUCAUUGCUGUGACUGCCAUGUCCACCUACCUCAUUGCUAUGGCAUACCGAAACACCAAGUUUUUGCUGAAGCACAAAAUUGCCGUCAAGCGCGAAGAGGCCGUCACACGGGAAAUCACGAAGAAACUUGCUGAAGAUAAGAAGAUGAGCAAAAAAGAAAAAGAUGAGCGAAUCCUGUGGCAAAAGAAUGAAGUUGCUGACUUUGAAGCCACCACAUUCUCAAUCUUCUAUAACAAUGCCUUGUUUGUGGCCAUCAUCAUCUUUGCAAGCUUCUACCUACUGAGGAGCUUCAGCCCAUCAGUUAACUAUGUUCUGUCUGUUGGUUCCACAGCCGGCUUACUUGCUCUCCUCUCAACAGGUUCACAGUAAAUAAUUAAGCCAUUUAAUUUAAGGAAUUCCAUCUUUUCAUAAAUUGUUAUAUUUAUUUCUUUUUGAAAUUUGAAGUACAUAGUUUUAUGGUGAUCAACACUUUUUUGUAUGAAGACUUAAUAUGAAAACUAAUAUGAAAUAAAUUAAAUACUUCAGAAA